UGUAAGAAUCGAUCAACUGAAGUAUAAAUAUAUACGGGUAAAUAGUCAAUUAAUUCGUCCGGUUUACGUCGCGCAUGCAUGUUUACAUGAAAUAUCGGUCUGUAACAUGGACAGAAGUACACAUAAAAGAAAGUCAACAACAAGAUAUUUUGUUGACGAAAAAGCUGGUGAUCUUAAUGAGGAUGAAGAUAAUAGAAGUGAAGAAGAACAGGUAGCAAAUGAAAGUGUGGAAAAAUGGAAACGAGGAAGCACAAUUAAAGACAAAUUCCCUGGACCGGCCCCAAUUGAUGAAGAAAAACUAAAGAAAUAUAAACGUGGAGAAAGAAAUGAAUAUAAACAUUUACGGGAUAGGAAACAGAAACGAAUCAUCAGAAACGAGGAACGUAAAAUGAAACAGGCUGCAGAAGAAGCCGCCAGGGCUGAGUUACUACUCACAGAGGAGGCUGGGUUCUUAGAAGCAGAUGAAGGGGAAGAGACCUCAAAAAUUAGUCAACACGAGCUGGCCAGGAAUGUAGACAUAACAAGUGCCCAAAAGUAUUUUGAAUUAAAAUUAGACCAAUUUGGACCAUAUCGACUUGACUAUACUCGUAAUGGUAGACAGCUUUUGAUUGGUGGGCAGAAAGGUCACUUAGCAUCAAUUGACUGGGUCACAAAGAAACUUCUUUUUGAGAUCAACGUCAUGGAAAGUAUACGUGAAGUCCAGUGGCUGCAUCUAGAGACCAUGCUCGCUGUGGCACAGAAGAAGUGGCUGUAUAUAUAUGAUCACCAAGGCACUGAGUUACAUUGUGUUAAAACCUUUAAUGAUGUACUGAAGAUGGAAUUCUUACCUUAUCAUUUCUUGUUGGCUGCUUCAAAUUCUUUUGGAUAUCUCAAAUACUUGGAUAUCUCUGUUGGAAAAGAAAUUGCAGGUUACCAAACCAAAUGUGGACGUCUGAACGUAAUGACACAGAAUCCUUACAAUGCCAUCGUACAUAUGGGGCACCCUAAUGGAACAGUAACAAUGUGGAGUCCCAAUAUGAAGGAGCCACUAGCGAAAAUGAUCUGCCAUCCUACAGCUAUCCGUUCAGUUGCCAUCGAUUCCAAAGGACUAUACAUGGCUACAUCAGGACAAGACCGUAUUCUUAAGAUAUUCGAUAUCAGAACAUACAAGCCACUCCAGGCCUACAAGAUUGGGCUGGGUGCCUCAGAGCUGUCCUUCAGUCAGAGAGGUCUUCUGGCUGCAGCUGUUGGUAAUGUUGUUGAGGUAUACAAAGAUUGCUGUACAAGUGCAGUGGACAAAGCAUACAUGACCCACAGGUGUACAUGGCCAAUCAGUGACCUCAAGUUCUGUCCAUUUGAAGAUGUUAUUGGUUUAACUCACUCAAAAGGCUUCUCAAGUCUGCUUAUACCAGGUGCUGGUGAACCUAACUUUGACAGUUUAGAGGCAAAUCCUUAUCAUUCUAAACGACAGCGACAGCAGUGGGAGGUGAAAGCAUUACUGGAAAAGAUUCAACCUGAACUGAUUAGUCUGGAUCCUGGUAAAAUUGGAGAGAUGGACAAAGUGACAAUGGAACAGAGAUUCAAAGAAAGGAGAGAAUACCUAGGUUUUGAAGAAGAUCGUAAAGGAUUUGUGCCGAAGCACAGAUUGAAGGGAAGAAGUUCAGCUGGAAACAGACAGCACAGGAAACAAAAGGUGGCCGAUCAUUUAGCCAGGCAAAAAAUCAAAGCAUCUAUCAAUAAAACAGAACAAAAACACAACAAAGAUGAGGAUAGCGAAUACACAUCAGCCCUUGAUAGGUUCAAGAAGAAAUAGUAGGACAUGUACAGCAUUGAUAUAUAUCAAAGAAAGUGAGCGAUUCAAACUGGUUAAUGACGAGGAGCUUACAUAGAUACAGUACAAAAGGAAGUCUUCAAAAGUGGUACCGCUCACCUGCCUGGGUUAACCUAUCAUCAGAGGCAUAUGGUGGGUUGGGGCUAAUGAGAAUGUGAUGAUUAAGUGAGAAUGUGAGGGUUAAGUGAAAUUCAGCUAGUUGGUGAUAACUACUUGAGAGUACUUUUUUUCUCUUCAGACUUUUUCCUCAACAGUCAACUUUCGUGCAACCCUCUUCCAUUAGAUAUGCCAAUUCAUAUCAUGCCAGACAGCCUCAGGAAUCUAGUUACAAGAACUGGCAACAUUGUCUUGGUGAGAAAUAACUCAACAUACCUGGGGCGGAUUCCGGGGUACAGGCAGUGUGAUCACACCCCACUAAAUUGUUAAGAAAAAUAAUUGUUGUAUUGCAUUAUUGAUAUAUUAUUUUUAUCAUUAUGAACAUAGUACUGGUAAGAUUUUUAAAGUAUGAGAGUGUGCAAUUUACGGGCACUUAGGUCCAUAUUCUAAAAAUUAUCACACCUCAGCCCCAACCUUAUUGGGGCUGACGUGGUGUCGACUCUCACGCACACCCCCUACCACCAAAACCCCCUAACACCAAUUCCUGCAUCUGCCCCAGCAUACAUGGGCUAUAUUACUAAAAAGAAAACAAUUGGACUAAAUUAUUUUACACAUGUGAUUAUUUACUCCCAGUAUUACCAGGUGUCUGCAAGGCAGCUUGCAACUUGAUGCUAUAGAUCAAUGAUAUUUUUUCCAAAUACAAAGUUUUGCUUUGGUAAUUUAAAUUUAUAUUUUGAAGCUAUGUUUUACAUGGAAAAACAUUCACUACGAAAUGGUGAACUAUUUAGUGAUAUGAAUGGGAGUAAUUUUUUUUAGCAUGAUUAUCUGUAUGUGUACUGAUAUGCUAAAAUAAAUAAUAAAUAUACUUCUCAAAUAAAAUCAAA